AAAACCGAACCAGGGCGAAGGGAUAGCCCUCGCUUGCCGGACGCGGUUUGUCUGCCUUGGAAUCUGUGACCGUGCAACCACCAGCCAUUGCUGGAGGAAUACACACGUUACAGCAUCAUUACAGCAGCACCCAGAAGGACGGGACCACGUCAGACGGGGCAAACAGUAGAGAUUGGCCCGGCGCUUUGCAACUGCAACAACGCUACAGAAAGUGAAGUGGUGGUCCGUGGUAUGCCGUGUAGUUUUGCCAAGUGUUUACCGGUGAGUUUCGCUGCAGCAGUGUGCAGGUAAAGGAAAGGUGUUUGUAGUGGUAAAUGCAGUGGACUGUUGCGUGCAGCCAACACGAGAGGUGCAUUUGCGCAUCGGAAACGACAAAAUUCCGCCUUGCCAAAAGCGGUGCUGGUGGGCGCUGUGGUGCACAAGAAGAAUUCGACACCGACACUGUCGGUAGCAAGAAAGAGAACGAACUGGCACCGCGGGUUUUUAAUGAAAAGAACACGUCCGAAUAUAUCAGCAUUCUUCGAAACAAUCAAAUUUCUGUUUUCCAUCAACCAAUCAACUGUUUGGAAAAUAGAACCCCUAAAAACCGUGGGUACGUCACGGUUUUGAUGUGUUCACCAUAUGACGCCAACGCCUGAUGUAUUAUGGGGUGCCGCCGCUUGCGUAGCGUUGGGAUAAACUAUCAACCAGAUCGCUCGAUUUGAUCGUCCGGUCGGAGACGGUUCCCAAACAGCGGCAUUGGUUGUUUAGAACGCUCCAUGCCAACGUCAACACUUCCUGCUUCUUCGGCUGCUGGGCUGGGUGGAAUAUGUUAUGAUCGUUAUCAGCGCGAGUGCGAGCGCGGGUUUUAGACGUAUAGAUCUGCUCCCCGAGCAUACAUGUCCGAGUGAGCAUUAACACGUACACACGCCUCGUAGCAUAUUAUCCCCCACCCCCCCGGGUCGAACGCCAUAUGUCGGAGCCGAGCAUAAGACGUGUCAAAGGGACUUGAGCAGCUUAGACGAGCAGUUGCGUUUGGUUUGCGACGAUCCGCCCGGCUGUCGCGGGUGCUUCUUUACUGUUUGCUUUAGGUUUUAUAUUCCGGCAGCAAUUAGUUUAACAACUUUAAUUAAACUUUCAAUCCUUUUGUUUCAUUCUUUCAGCCGUGCGUGAGCUGAAGAUGCGUCCCACCGUUUCCGGGAAAAUGUUGCCAAUUGUACUGACAACCGUGGUAUCGCUGCUGGUGUUACAGCCACCGGUCGAUGGUGAACUGUUUACCGCACUGGCGGACAUGGAGGAGCUGCUCGAAACGGAAGCAGUGCUAAUCACCAACCUGGACAAAUACGUCCAAGCGCAGGAAGAAAAGCUGAUGCAGCUGCGCCAAAAAGUGCACGAAUAUCGGCGCGAACACACGGAAGCGGCCCGGGACGUCAGUGCGUACCUAUCGAACCCGGUCAAUGCGUUCCUGCUGACCAAGCGUCUCACAACCGAUUGGCGGUACGUGGAAAACCUGAUGGCGUACGAAGUCGGCAAGGAGUUUCUCGAGAACGUGACGAGCUACCGGAGCGUGCUGAAAUUUCCGUCGGACGAAGAUCUGAACGGUGCGGCGGUAGCGCUGAUGCGGCUGCAGGAUACUUACAAUCUCGACACGGCCAGCCUUGCCCGGGGCAUGCUGAACGGGGUGCAGUACAGUACGGAGCUGUCUGCGGGCGACUGCUUCGAGCUCGGCCGGCAAAGCUAUCUGAACGGGGAUUACUACCACACGGUGCUGUGGAUGCGCGAGGCAAUGGAUCGGUUAACGAGCGAAGUUAAUCGUACCGCGACCAAGGAGGAUGUGCUGGAGUAUCUAGCGUUUUCCACGUUUAAACAAGGUAACAUCCAGACGGCGCUUUCUAUGACGGAAGAGCUGCUCGAGCUAGUGCCGGACCACGAGCGUGCCGUCAGCAACAAAGCAUACUACGAGAAGGAGCUGCAAAAAGAGGCUCAGCAGAAGAUAUUACGCGGUGACGACGGUAGCGAGGAGGUCCCGAUCGACACAACCGCGAAGAUCCAGAAAGAGGCAAAACCGCACGUGUACGACAGCAACGAGCGUAAGCUGUACGAGCAGCUGUGCCGCGGCGAGCAGCAUCCACCGAUCGAGCUACGGUCACAGCUGAUCUGCCGCUACACAACCAACCAGUCGCCGUUCCUGCGGAUAGGCCCGCUAAAGCUCGAGGAAGCGUACCACCGGCCGUACAUCGUCAUCUACCACGAUGUGAUGUCGGAUCAGGAAAUUGAACGUAUCAAGCAGUACGCCCGGCCGCGGUUCCGGCGCGCGACGGUCCAGAACUACAAGACGGGCGAGCUGGAGUUCGCCAACUAUCGCAUCAGCAAGUCGGCCUGGUUGAAGGAUGCGGAGGAUGAGAUGAUCCGGACGAUCAGCCGACGGGUCGAGGACAUGACGGGAUUGACGAUGGAAACAGCGGAAGAGCUGCAGGUCGUUAACUACGGCAUCGGUGGCCACUACGAGCCACAUUUUGACUUUGCCCGGCGCGAGGAACGUAAUGCGUUCAAGAGCCUCGGCACGGGGAACCGUAUCGCGACUGUACUGUUUUACAUGAGUGACGUCACGCAGGGCGGUGCGACCGUGUUUCCCGCGCUGCAUCUCGCACUCUGGCCCCGGAAAGGGACGGCCGCCUUCUGGUUCAAUCUGCAUGCAUCCGGUCGGGGUGAUUACGCGACUCGGCAUGCCGCCUGCCCGGUACUCACCGGCACCAAGUGGGUAUCGAACAAAUGGAUCCAUGAGCGUGGGCAAGAGUUUAGGAGACCGUGCGGCUUACACUUAGACCGCUCGGAGGAAGAAUUCUGAUAGUGGUCGGAAAGCGAUACCCAACCAUCAUGAUCUAUAAAACCAAACGAAUCUGCCAUAGGUUUUAGUUGCAAUUGUAAUCAAUUCUUUAAAAUAAGAUAUAAUUAGCGCCCAGAGCAGCAAACGAAACAACAAAAUGCAACAAGCUCUAUCACUAAGUUUGCCAUAUCUCUAACUGAAUCGUUAGUGCGUUGUUAACCGCAACGUUAUGAAGCGUUAUACCAACGUUAUAACAAGCACGUGAAAACAGCGAGGCCAAAAAUAGCUUAGUUACAUGAGAUUAUAUUAAUUUAACCAAUCCUUCCUGCUUUGCGAUACCGACAUAAUCCAUUUAGGGUUAAUAUUUCCCCAUAAUAUUUUACUUCCUGUUUCUCCUAAACCUUUCUUUAAAAUGUGUAUACCUGUUACUCGCAAUACGCAUUAUAGGGUAUAGGCUAUUUUAUUUAGUGCAAUUUUUCAAACACAUUUACUACUUGCCAUUAGACGAGAUUUGAAUCAUCCAUAUGCGCAUCCUUUUGAAGAAAAACACCAAAACCCUAAAUCGUAAACAAGGAUGCAUGUAACCCCCGUGAAUAACCGCCGUUAGUUUUUGAAACGAUUGGGUAAAUAAGAAGAAAACAACCUCCCCACACACACACACAUAAACCUCUAAAGUUAGGAUGAUGUUGAUACGAACGCAUUUAGAUGAGAUAGGAGAGGUUGUAACUCUACACGGUCGUACAUUUUUAAUUAAAGUCGCGCGCCUGUGUGUGUGUGUGUGUGGGUGUGCAGCAGCGAAUUAAGCGAAAGGAAGCACUGUGUGCGCCAAUGCCAUACUAAAAUUGUCGAAAUAAAUCAA